AUGGAUGACCCUAUAGCCCAGAGAUUGAGGCCUCGCAAAGGUCGAGCCACUCAGGCUGAGCACACUGAUCCUCCUCAGCAGACCCCUUACAAGCCCGCAAGCAAGUCUACUACACCAACGUCCCGAAGCACAACAAUAUCUCGCAAGACUAGGCCAAAAGGUAUCAAAAAGACACAAGCUAAAGAAAGAUCGACCACCACCAGCACCACCCCGUCAAAGGCCCAACGAAAGUCUGCGGUAGAGAAGAAGAAAAAAAAGAGUCCACCGAAAGAUGCGACCUUUAGGCCAGAUCCGACUGAAUCAAGUGACGACGAAGCUGAAACUCCCGUGCAGCAACAACCCAACGCCGAAACCCCACCGAAAAGGAGAGGAAAGCCUUUCAAGACUCCGGUCAAAGAUGGUGCUUAUAGACCUGGUGGCGACGAGUCAGAUGAUGAAGCAUCCGUAAAAACCACUCGAAAACCACGGUCGACGAAGAGAUCGAUCAGAAAGCCGACACCGAUACCUUUUGUACCCAUCCCUGAAGAUGGUGACUCCGCAAAGACACACCCACCACCAAAGGAAGGUCUUUCCGACCCAAGAAAUCCAAAGCGUAGACCUAUCAAGAUCACUUUGAAGGUGAAGAAGGCUUCUUCACCUAGACCGGCCACUCCAGAUCCUAGACGCCGGUCAGCAUCCGGUGACGUCCGCAGCAACCCCAACAUAUUUCGCACAGCAACGUCUGGGGCUCGGAUUGACGAUCCACUUCCACGAGCAAGUCCGAGUCCGAGCACAAGACACACGAGGCCAUCACCAAGUCCUCGACCUUCGCCAAAGUCACCUAAGCGCCCUGCUCCAGUCAGUGAUGGUGAUGGUCGUCUCUCUCGGUCUCCCAAGCGUCCAAGGUUCGAAAAUACAACACUACAUGCUGUAGGCUCAUCAUCUUCUAAGCCCCGCGCCUCCUCUACGCAACCUCCUCCUCCUCCUCAGCAGGAUGAUGAUCAUCUCACAAUUGCAGAUGCCGAUCGACUUUUUGAAGAAAUUGUACUCAUGCCUAGAAAGUUAGAACUCGGUGAGAUCGCAGCGCUUUUUGUUUGUCUUCAGGAGAAAUGCAUGCGGUUCUCCCAAAAGCAUUUCAGUUUCGACUUGACCGAAGAACAGCAAGAAGAGUGGCCCUUGCAUCGACUCGACGAACAAAAGUAUCGAUCGUUUUUCAACAUGGCCAGGUUCCUCGUGGACGCCAAUCACUGCGGAUGGCGAGAGUUCUUCACAACCCCGCAACAUCGCGUGCCUUUUGUCCAUGGGGUUCUAGGAGAGCGAUUCAAGAACAACAUCUUCAAGAUCCCCGGUUUCGGUCUCGGUCGGGACAAAGUCAACAGGUUGGCCGAGAUUGAUCGCAGUUACCUCAAAUACGAUGCCUUUGUUCGGAGUAAAGUGCGAGCCGAGUAUCUCGAAGAACUCAAAUUUGACAAGGUGGAAGAUUGGUAUUCCAUUGACGAGAAUGUUCACAAUGUCGAAGAGAACACCGCAGCAUCAGCACCAAUCCCAACACUGGUCUUGCCAGGAGCAGCAGCAGCAGCAGCAGCAGCAGUUCCCUGGGCUCCGUCUGGAACAUCACCAGCGUCAUCAGCGGCCGCCUCCGACCCAAGCGAGAAUUACUUCCCUUCGAAGUACGCGGUCAGUCUCGACAAGGACGCCACAGAACUAGCGUCUCACAUCAUGGAACAAUUGGAACUGAUCCUUCCUCCCCCGAUCUUCGACCCACUCCACCCUCACGGUCCACGAAACUUUGGCGAGAACAGCAGAAAGGUGUCCGCGGGACGCGCCAUAGAGGCCGAUCUCACCGCCUUGAUUAAGUACAUGGGCGGGUUGUCGUUGUCUAUCCGAUUCACGGGUAUCGACGGUACCAUCAUCCGCCUCGUUGAAGCCUAUUCAAAGGGGACCGAGUACCACAUCGCAGACUCGACGGACAAUAUCUGUGUCAAUGCGGAUCACUGCAACGCCACGUGCCCGGCGGACACUACUCCCGCGACGUUGCGCAUCUACAUGACCUGCUGGUGCAGACUUGAAGGGGUCGUCCCCCACGGUAAGAACAGGUUGGAAUUGGAAAAGUUCCAAAUGGAACAUCAAGACCCAGACGCACCGGAGACUUUCACCUGGGAACAAUACGAAGAUGAAGUUUUUCCUCCGCUCCCUUACGAACUACAAACUACCCCUGAAGGUCGUGCCGCGGUUGAAGACCUGCCAGUUAUUCCUGGCACAGAAUGGGGAGCUUCAAUGGCUCGUGUGUCGGCCAAAGAUCACGUCUUUGAGGGGGACGAUGAGGAUGACAACAACCGUCACGGUCGUCGACGACGCAACGGUACCGACAAAAGAGCUCCAGGUCCAGAAAGAGGUUGUUUCGUAACGUAUUACAAUCGACUUGCACCGACAAACGUCUAUUGUGCAUGGACAUCCAAAGCUAGACCUACACGAUUUCCAGACCUUGGCGACGACUUGCCACAGCUGCAACGACGCAGUACGAACGAGUCGUUGGAAGAUGCCAUUGUCCGCGCCAAAUUGCGGCGACGCGACUUGCGAGGACAAACAGAGGACGACUCGUACAUUGGUUCCACGAUGAAUUUGAUCCGAGAAUAUCACGUCGGCGAAUGGCUGGUCGCGAGUUCCAUGGCGGGUGGACUGUUGGCGUACAUUUUGUCCGCCGACAGGGGCGUACUCGGCCGUCACUUUGACGAGAUGGUGGCGGCACUGUCGGACUCUGCUCUGGUCAGACGAUUACAGACCAUUCCGUCGUCGGUCGUCACCCGUGUAGGGGACGCCUUGGGUCUCCCGGCGACCGCCGCGAGACACUACGUCGUCACUUUGCUCGCUUGGGCUCGACACCUGGAACAACGAACUGCCCACGGAGUGCGCGACGCGGUUACGGAUCUGACUAGGUCCGUCGAGGCGGCGAGGGCGUCGUUGGUGGCGGCAACAACAAACACACCCACGUCGCUCGACGUCACCACCUUGUUCACGCCACCCGUAAUGACUGUCGAAGACGUGGUGGUGGACCGGACCAUCGCGUCGACAAGAGCCCUGUCGUCCGUCACCGCUUUGGCGAGGAAGAAGAUAGCAGAGAGUCAGGGAUGAGACAAGACAAGUCGCACGGACGAACUAAUAGACGUAAGAUCAAGAAAGUAAACAGGGUGGUAUCGUGAAGCGGGAUGAGAAC